AUUGAAAGGUUAUGUCCACCCCAGGCCGGUUCAACCACAGUAGUCUCGUGUCCGUCGUUGCAAUUGUAUCUAGUCAAAUCUCCGAUGAUUCUGUUGCUAAUUAUUUAAAGUGUUAACUGUUUUUGAAAUUCUGGAAUACUGUUACGUGUUUUACAUUUUGUUAUUAACAGCGAAACGUCAAUAAACUUAGGCUGAUUUUUUUGUGGAAGUUUAUGCCUCCUAGAUGUUGAGUCUUAUUAGUUGCACAUCAUCAUCCAUCAGGGAUGAUGCUCGACUGAAGAUGGCCUCUUCUCCGACACCUUCGCUCGAAUCUUUGAACGGAGCCAACUCGCUGGGAUCGCUGAUCGACCACACCGACUUCCACUCGUCGACACCAGGCGGCAGCAGCAGCGGCAUUCUAAGCCACACCCACUCCAGCAGCAGCCAAUCAGCGUCGCCGACCGCCUCAGUCAGCAGCAGCGGCAGCAGCAGUAGCAGCUUUGGCGGCGUGACCCGCCUGCCCAACACCAAGUGCUCACUCUGCAAUGACACAUUCACCAACCCCAAGGUCCUGCCCUGUUUCCACACCUUCUGUGAAGCCUGUCUCGAACGCAACCAAGAACAUCCCGACAAGAUCACCUGCUCGCGCUGCCAACAGGAGUGCAUUCUGAGCUCCCGCGGCAUUUCCGGCCUGCUCGUCGACUUUGCUGUCAGCAGCCUCAUCGAAGCCGAUCAAGGUCCCUCUGUCUUCUGCACCAGCUGCAAGAGCAAAACUUCUGACGCAGUAGCACGCUGCAUUGACUGUGAAAACUACCUCUGUCCCAACUGCGUGAUGGCGCACCAGUUCAUGCACUGCUUUGAAGGCCACCGUGUCCUCAACCUGCCCAUUGAGAACGGCACCUCCACACCCAUCAUCAAGGAGGAGGCAAUCAUCCCCAAGAACGGCACCAUUGAGAACAAACUGGUGCUGUGCUCCCGUCACAAGAAUGAGCCGCUCAAGUACUUCUGCCGCACCUGCAACAUUCCCGUCUGCAAAGAAUGCACCCUCAUGGAUCACCCGACCGGACUGCACGACUGCGAGCACAUCGGCGAUGCCGGCCCCAAGCAGCUGGAGCUCAUGAGCCAGGCCGUUCAGGACGGCAAGACCAAGGCAACUGACAUCAGGAACAUGCUCAAGAACAUGGAACACACCUCUGGUCGUCUCCAGGUGCAGUACCACAAGGCUCAGAACGAAAUCAAUGACACCUUCCAGUUCUACCGGUCCAUGCUAGAGGAACGUAAACAAGAACUGCUCAAAGAAUUGGAGUCGGUUUUCUCUUCAAAACAGAUGUCACUGAGUGUUGUCGGCCAGAAGGCACAAGAAACUGUUGACAAGAUUUACCAAACCUGUGAGUUCUAUGAGCGUCUAACCAAACAUGCUGGUCUUGUUGAAUGCCUUAUGUUCAAGAAGCUACUAGAAUCCAAAUUGCAAACUCUCACUGGAUACACUCCCGACUCCACUUUGCAGAAUGCAUGUGACCUUGAGUUUGUGUCCAACUAUCAGGCAAUACAGGUUGGUGUGCGUAAUACAUUUGGAUAUAUUCGGUCAAGUACAGAAGUGAACAUGGGAGGCCCGAGCAAACAGCCACCGAUCGCAAGACCCACCAAUGGAUCCAUUCACAUCAAUGGCAACAGCCCACCGCAGAUCAAUGGAUGUGGUCUGUCUGACAAUGUCCUAGAUCGACCUUACUCAAAUGGUAUUACCACCACAUCUCUGUCAACACACUAUGAACCAAGCAUCAUAUCAAAGCGAUUCAGUAGUGCCAACAGUUUGGGCCCAUUCUCCACCACAAUCAGCGACCUGAAUAUCAAUGGAAUCAACCCCUACGAAAAGUGGUCGAGUGGUGGUGAUAUCUUCCAGAACGGUGGUGCAAACGGCUCACCAGAUGCUUACUCAUUGUCGGUUGGUGGACAGACUGAUUCUGUGCUAGAUUUGAGCUCCAAGCUGCUAUCUACACCUAUUUUCCCACCAAAAUCACAAAUCAAAAGACAAAAAAUGAUCUAUCAUUGCAAGUUUGGUGAGUUUGGUGUGCUAGAAGGACAGUUCACAGAGCCAAGUGGUGUAGCAGUGAAUGCUCAGAAUGAUAUAAUUGUAGCUGACACAAACAACCAUAGAAUUCAGAUCUUUGACAAGGAGGGACGUUUCAAGUUCCAGUUUGGUGAGUGUGGCAAGCGUGAUGGACAGCUGUUGUAUCCCAAUCGAGUGGCCGUUGUGAAGACUUCGGGUGAUAUCAUUGUGACUGAGAGGUCUCCGACUCAUCAGAUUCAGAUCUACAACCAGUAUGGCCAGUUUGUGCGCAAGUUUGGUGCCAACAUACUGCAGCACCCUCGUGGCGUGACUGUCGACAACAAGGGUCGGAUUGUGGUGGUGGAGUGCAAGGUGAUGCGAGUGAUCAUCUUCGACCAGGCCGGCAACGUGCUGCAGAAGUUCGGCUGCUCCAAGCACCUCGAGUUCCCGAAUGGCGUCGUGGUCAACGACAAGCAGGAGAUCUUCAUCAGCGACAACCGCGCGCACUGCGUGAAGGUGUUCAACUACGAGGGCGCCUUCCUGCGUCAGAUAGGCAGCGAGGGAGUCACCAACUACCCGAUUGGCGUCGGGAUCAACUCGGCCGGCGAGAUCCUCAUCGCCGACAACCACAACAACUUCAACCUGACCAUCUUCACCCAGGACGGCGCUCUGGUGUCGGCGCUCGAGUCGAAGGUGAAGCAUGCGCAGUGCUUCGAUGUGGCGCUGAUGGAUGAUGGCUCAGUGGUGCUGGCCAGCAAGGACUACCGGCUCUACAUCUACAGAUACGUUCAGGUGCCGCCGAUCGGCCUUUAGACAAUUCAACUUGCUGCUCAUUACCACCCAUCCUAUCCUAUCCAUCCGACAUAAUCAGUGGUAGGCCUAUACUACUCGACUUGUUUUGUAAGUUGAACUCUAGAACCUGAUUAUGAUGAUGAUACCAACGUGUACUUUCUCUCUUCCCUAAAAUGUAGUAUGAAUGACAAGAGUUGUUAGUUUUGUACAUCGAUAGAUGAUGAUAUUCCAGUGUGACUGUAUGUUGUAAUGUUACUACUUUUGGCGCUAGCAUAGUAGGUUAUUAUUACUUGAUGAUUAUAAUUUUACUACUGUACAUAGUUGAUAUAUAAUGCCAUGUACAACCAUGUUGUUGAUGUUGUUGUUUCUGUGACCAAAUAACUGUAGGCAUGUUUCCCCAAUACUGUUGAUUCAAUCAUGGAAGGCAUUUAAUCUGUUGAGAGGUCAUCAAGUAAUAAUAGGAGGCGUCUAAAUUGAUUGUUUUUCUACAAAUCAUCCACGGGCCAUCAUGGUCUGAUUCUCUGCCUUUGUAUAACAUAUAGUACUUGUUGAUAUAGUAACCUCAACUCUACAUAGUUCGUACCUACCAGCCUACCCCAUCUCAUUCAUAAGUUCAACAUUUAUUCUACAACCUCUCUUGAGCUAGCGUAUUUGGACUGCUUAUGAAAUUGAAUCAAGUAUUAUUAUUAUUUACUAUCAUUAAAAUUUAUUAGGGUUAUUUUGUCCAGGCUGCACGAGACAUUCUCUACGGAAAUAAGACUUACGAACAAAACUGUUGUUCUAUUUUUAUACAUUUAGCUGGGAGUUACAAUGAGAGAGUUUUAGUUUAUUUUUAGGUUUUUUGACAAUAUUUUUUGUACAACUGGUUUCAAAUAAGUGACCAGUGCGAGUUGAUUCGCUUUUAUUUGUUUAGUUUUUUAUUUUACAAAAAUUUUAUUAGUUGGAUGAUACAAAAUAUAUAGUAAUUUAGUGAUUGAUGUAGUAUUGUAUUACAUCACAAAAGUUGUUUUCGUGAUGCGCAUAUAGUUUAAUGAUUAUUACGAUUAGGAUUAAUGCAUUCAUUGAUUUAUUGAUUAGUAUACAUUUGCUACUGAACACCGUACUAUCACCUACCACCUAAUGAUGCCUGCAGUGAUUUGAUAUACAUAUCAGAUGCUGGAUUUGUAUACAUCCGGUGCUGGCAAUAUUAAUUUGAUUUUUGUUGAGCGGUAAGACGCACCUAGUCACCUCAAUUUGUUGAUUUGUCACAUUAUUCCGGAGGAACAAAUUUUAUCCUAUGUUUUCUCUGUAUUUGAUUAUUUUAUUUAGUACAGAUAUUUUCAUUGUUGUUAUUAUUCUAUUUAUCCAUUAGAUAAUAUGUAAACGAAUAUAAAAUUGUGUUUUGUUUUUUUGUUUUGUUCGCUUGAUUAUAAUAUAACAAUGAGGACAUCAAGCGGCUUUUGAUGAGGAAAUAGUAAUUUUCGAGAUGUCAGGUUUUCAAUCUAGGAAGAAGUGUCUUCUGCCCUGUUUUUUACACUUUGCUUUUUUUGAAUAGCCGAUACACAUUUGUAUUCUAAUUAGUAUUUUUUGUUUAGUUAAAAUUAUGCCUUCAUUUUUCGAUUAUUUGAUUUUGUAGUGUAGUUAGAUUAUGUAGUUAUACUCGCACGUCUGUUGCUUUGGAUGUAUCAGUAUUUUUGGUUGACUUAUUAGAUCGCUUCUGAACAACUCAUCCUUCUUUCCUUUCUCUCUAUUGUUAUUUCUCUUUAGAAAUUACUCUACUAAAAUUCUGUAGUCUCAGAAUUUAUUGUUAUUUCUGUAGCCUCUAUUGUGAAAUUCAUGUAGCAUUCAUCAUCCUAGCUGAACACAUCAAUUACCUCAUUAUUUCUCUAAAAACAUAUUCCAUUUAUAAUAUUAUCUCUUUCAAGACUGCCAUUUUUUUUGUAGUAACUUUAAUUUCAUUAUUUUUCCUCUCAAUUGAGUUUUCCUUUUAAGGUCAGUGCCAUUACUUUAAGCAUCAAACUUUCUCAAUUAUUAUCAUUAUCAUUCAACACUCAUUCCAUACUUUUCUCAUUGAUAGUUCAUCUUUUUCUACUAAACUUUUUCACAACCAAGACAAUCGAGAUCUAUCUCAUAUGCCCAACCUAUGAUCUUACCCACUAUCCAUCCAUUCAGGAAACAAAUUUUGAGUUGAUUGUUAAAAGAGGAAUUUGUAUUCUCAAUUGUUGCAUUUAUUGAUAAAAAAGUAUUACUUAUAUAUUUGGAAUAAAUCCAUGGACUUUACUUUAAGGAUUAGUAAUGAGUAAAUAUUUUCGCGAUCUUCAUAUUAUUAUUAUUUGUGUUGUUCAUGUUUUAUUAUUGCUAUUGAACUUUCUUAAAUUAUUUUAUUACUAUGUAACUUGAGAAUUUGUUUUACAGUUAUUAUUUGUUGUAAUUGUUUUUUAGUUUUUUUAAUAUACGGUAAUUUUUCAUAA